AUGGCUGCAGUUCAAAAAGAAGAUAAUGUUUAUACACAUGUUAUCGCGAUAGAUUUCGGUACAGGAGCUUCAGGAUAUGGCAUAGCUCCUAGAUUCUUAGACUAAGAUGGUAAGCCAAGAAUCGAAGUAUUCAAUCCAAGUGACGAUUCUGAUGAUCAAAAAACUCCCACUGCAAUUCUUUUUGAUAAUGACUAUAAAUUUAUGGAAUUUGGUUCCUCUGCCCUUCAAAGAUAUGCAGAAAUUUUGCAAGACGGAGAAACAGCCUUGCUUUUCUAAAAUUAUAAAAUUCAUUUGCUUCACUUAAACACUUAUGCAAAGAGUGUCGACGGAAGAGAAAUGCCUCUUAUGGUUAUAGUUAAGGAAACAUUGAGAUACAUCGCUGAGCAAGCACUUGAAAAGUUGAAAGAAUAAAUUGGCAAAGUUAUCCCUUCAAAAGUUAGAUGGGUAAUUACAGUUCCUGCAUUAUGGAGCGAAGAACACAAAUUCUUCAUGCGUAAGGCCGCAGUGGAAGCAAAUAUAAUUCCCUCUACUAACUCUCCUAAUCUGCUAUUAUGCCUUGAGCCUGAAGGAGCAAGCAUUCAAUGCAGAGAAGAUGCUGAAAUGUCUUUAAGAACUUAAAUGGAAAAAGGAUCUGUUGUCAUGGUUUUAGAUUGCGGUGGUGGUACUGUUGAUAUUACAGUUCAUAAAUUACUUUGUGAAGUACAUGAAAGAUUUUUAUGUUAAGAAAUUAUUCCCUCUAGUGGAGGCUGCGAAUGGGGAUCCAAAUAUGUAGAACUCUAUUUCGAAGAAUUCUUAAGAGAAUUUUUUGGAGCUGAACUUUACUAAAAAUAUAUCAACAAUGCUCUCGCUAGACUUGACAUUAUUAAAGAUUUUGAAAUAGUUAAAAGAAAAUUCAAAGGAACACCUAAUGAAAGAACCAUGAUUAAAUUCAGUUAUUUAGGAGGUGAUUUAUCUUAAGGGUUGUUAAAUAAAUUAGUUAAGGCACAUAACGAUAAGCAUCCUCCUGAGUUCCAUAUCAAAACUAAGGGUGUUGCUAAUAUAGAGCUCCCAUCUGCUUUAAUGGCAUCAUUCUUUUAAACUCUCUUUGAGAAUAUUAAAAAUAAAGUUGAAUAGCUUAUCAAGUAAACAGAAGCUAAAGGGGAAAAAGUUAAUUUCAUUUUCAUGGUAGGUGGUUUCUCUGAAAGUCCAUUCUUAAAAUAAGAAAUUAAAAAUAAGUUUGAAACUGAUAAAGUUCAAGUUUUAGUUCCUCGUCGUCCUCAAGUUAGUGUAAUCAGAGGUGCUUGCUUCUAUGGAUUAAAUCCUCGUAGUAUUUCAUCUCGUAUUGCUAAAAAAACCUAUGGUAUUAACACCCUCACUACUUUUGAUCCUGAAAGACACCCUGAAAGCAAAAAGGUCAUAAUUGAAGGAGAAGAAUUUUGUGAAGAUGUGUUUGAUGCUUUUGUUAGAAAAGGCGAUAGCGUUGGUAGUGAAGAAGUACAUACUAAAAUAUAUUGCCCUGUAAGAAGCAGAUAAGUUGUGAUGAGAAUCAUAUUCUUUGUUACUGAUAAAAGAGAUGUUGAAUUUGUGGAUGAAGAUUCAGUAAGACAACUAGGUGAGCUUUGUAUUGAUAUAGGUAAACCUUCAUAAUCAGUGGAAGAUAAAACUGUUAAAGUGACACUCUUAUUUGGCUCUACUCAUAUAUUUGCUACAGCAACAAAUAAAGAUGGUACAGAAAUUAAAAAUUGCGAGUUUAAAUUUGAGUGUGGUGAGUGA